AUGCCUUUAAACAUUUUGAAUAAUACUAUUGAAAAUUCUAAUAAAAACCGUGGAGCACUUAUUGUUCUUGAAGGCUGUGAUGGCUCAGGAAAAUCAACGCAAGCAAAAAGACUUUAUGACCAUUUAAAAAAUGAUGGAGUUAAUGUUAAAUUGAUGCCAAUGAAAAAUUACCUUCUUGAUGGUACAACUUUAAUAGUUGAUCGCUAUGUAUUUUCUGGUGUCGUAUAUUCUACUGCAAAAGGUUUGGAUUUUAAUUGGUGUAAAUCAUCUGAUAUAGGAUUAUUAACACCAGAUAUGGUGAUUUUUAUGAAUAUGCCUUCUGAAGAAUUAUUGAAAAGAAAAGGUUUUGGCGAUGAAAGAUAUGAGAAAUUGGAGUUUCAGCAAAAAGUAAAAGAUAAUUUUUUAAAAUUAGAAGAUCCUAGAUUUUGGAAGAUUUUAGAUGCAAAUAAAUCAAUAUCAGAAAUUCACAACCAAAUUAUGAAAUUAUCAUUAGAUACAAUUGAGCAAAGUAAAAAAUUACCUUUAAAACAAGAUUUAUGGAAAAAUUAA